CUAGGGCAUGUUUACCUUUAGAUGCCAUCCAAAGUUUGCAAGCAUACAAAUCCUUUUAUGAGAUGUGUGGCACUGGCAUGCCAUAAUUUUAUCCAUGACGAACAAAACAUCUGCCACAAUCUAGGCAAAAAUGAGUUCUUUUAUUAAAAAAAAGAAGGAAAAAAGAGCUUCUGGCAACUAAUCAUCCCUAUACUCAGAAAAAUAAGUGUGGUUUAUUUUGUUUAUUGAUAAUUAAUAUAAAAAGAAGUGUGGUGGUGUGCAAAGGAAGCUAGCCAUCCAUCACCCCCAAAUUCUAUGAUCCAUUAAAGCCCGGCAACACGAAUUAAGGCAUUAACCGAUGCAUGGCCUUCCCCUCCACCUCCAUAGCUACAAACUUGAGCUCCUUUUUCCCUUGUUCAUCAGCCAGCCCAUGCAUAUCUCCAUCCGGCCGGAUCCCAACUAACUGUAGCAUCUCACCACACAUCCCCUUCCUCUACAGAGCUUCCUUCCAACACACCAACAAACCCUACCUGCUGUGUCUGUGUGUGCCUCUCUUCCUCAUCAGGAGCCUUCCACUGUUCCACACCUUCUUCUUCUUCCCCUCGCCCGAUCCAACGCCAUCCGUGUCGUCCAUGGCGUCCACCACCAGCGACAGCCUCCCCUCAUCUCCUUCCAUCCCCACCACGGCCUCGCUCGACGGCGCCGCCGACCAAGAGUUCACCUCCUCCCACCACCACCACCACCACCUGCACCACAGCUUCUUCUUCCCGUCCUCCACCUCCUCCUCCCCGGCCAGCCUAUACCUCGACUCCUCCUUCCAUGGCCUCCUCCCCACCACUUCCUCCUCCACGGCCGCCAUGUCCAUGUCCUCCCCUGCUUCCCCUCCACCACCGGUGCCGCCACCACUCCCUCCCGCUCCGGCGGCGCCGGCCACCACGACAAAGCCGGCCAAGAAGCGCCCGAGGGCGUCCCGCCGCCCCCCCACCACGGUGCUCACCACCGACACCUCCAACUUCCGCGCCAUGGUGCAGGAGUUCACCGGCUUCCCGGCGCCGCCCUUCGCUCCCGCGCCGCCCCCCGCCGUCCGCCCGCGGCUCCUCGGCGGCCCGCCGCCGUUCCUCAUGCGCCCCUCGCCUCUCAAGUACCCCGGCAUGCUGCUGCCUCCCGGUCCCAGCACUUGCACCACCACCACCACCACCCUAGCCAACGCCACUGCCAGUAACACAAGCUCUCUCGUGGACGCGCUCGCGCUCUUCACCAAGAGCAGCAGCGCGAUGCCAAGCGCCGCCGCCGCGGCCGCAGCAGCUACGGCGGCGACGUCGUCGGGCGGAUCAGGGGUUCCUGAUCAUCAUUACCACCACGGCAUCACCAUGGGAGGGUUCAACUUCAACCCAUUCGAUGAUUUCGAUGCGCCGGCCGCGGCGGCGGCAGCGGAAGGCGAGAGGGGGAGCGGCGGCGGCGGCAGCCAUGGUUUCUUCUCCUCCUUCGCCACCGGAGACAAGUACGGACGGCACUAGUGUACGUAAUCCAUCUCUCUUGCGCUCUCUGAUAAUUCAGCUAGUGUGUGUGCUCAUGAUCGAGAGAGUUUGUGUGGAGAUUGGAGAGAGAUGGAGGAAGAGAAGCAACAAAUUAAAGCUUCCACACGUACUAGCUGCUACUUGGCCACUGCUACUGUUUUUGCAUUAUAAGUAUUUUGGCAAAGCUGCAUAAUUGUGAGUUUUCAUUAUUUGGUUUUUGGGAUAUAUGAAGAUGGCAUGGCUAUGUACAUACAUAAAUGUGGGUCCUUUUUGACUUGUUCCAAGUUCAUCUUGGCUUCCAGAUGUUGAAAUUUUGUUGGUGCAAAAUGGAAGGAAAAUGAUAUAUCUAUGCGCAAUUGCCGUGAUGAAAACUUGUAUCUCGUAAUGGGGAGAAAGCUGUUUUGAUU